AUGGUUACAGAAAACAUUAAUGAAAGUAACCUAGAAGUACAGCAAACUCCAAUAGAAGAAACUCUAAUAGUAGCUCCUGAGCAAACCAAGCAAAAUCCCACAGAUGCUAUCUUAGAAACAAACUAUAUAAUCACA